AAGACAAAAUAGCUAAACUUUGUCUAUAUAAAGAACCAUCCACAGCUUCUAUUUUCACAAACUACUUCAAACCGACAAGAUGGAGAAGAUGAAAGUGGUGGCUUUUGUUAUGCUCAUCUCUCUUCUUCAGCUUUCUCAGGUACUCGCAGAUGCAUCUUCACCCAGCAACGGUGAAACUUCCUCUCUUUCUCAGAUUCAGAUGAACGACGAGAACCAAGAGGAGGCUUUUAAGAGAACAUAUCACCGUCCACGAUUCAAUUGUGGGUCUGCCUGCGCUAGGAGAUGCAGAGAGACGUCGAGGAAGAAAGUGUGUUACAGAGCUUGUGGAAGUUGCUGCGCAAAAUGUCAGUGCGUACCGCCGGGGACCUCAGGCAACACAGCAUCAUGUCCUUGCUACGCUAAUCUCCGUACACAUGGCAAUAAGCUCAAGUGUCCUUGAGACUACAAAAAAACCUCUACGUUACAUGCUCUGAUCAUCUUCUAGCUAAUAAACUAUAUGUUUGCUUCUAUUGUAUCUUGUGUGAGCUUAUAUAUUUCCCAUUAUGUUGCCAUUAUUCAAAACAUUGUAAUCGAUUUCCGAAUAAUAAGAUGAGUAAUUUAUUGUUUAA